AUGUCAAACCCAUUUGAAAGCAAUCCAUGGCAGUCAUCAAAUACAGGAGGUGGUGGGUCAGGGCCGAUCUACGGAAAUGCUUACGAUAAUGAACCUACCAAUGGAUAUAGUUCCUAUAAUAACAACAAUACUGCAUACAACCCAUCAGCGACAUAUAAUAGCCAAUUCAGUACAACAGGAUACAAUAAUGCUUGGGGAGAUGAAUCGAACAAAACGCAGUACGAUCAUAACCACGCCUAUAACCAGCAACAACCAUCCGCUUAUGGUCCUGCUGGUGGGGAUGCUUAUCAAUUUGCUGGUACUCGUUACGGUAACCAGCCACCAGCAGCAGCAGCCAGUGCUUAUUCCAAUAUUCCAGCCGCUUCUCCUCCACCCGAUAAAUCAACGCAUCACGCAGCAACAACAGCAACAGAAACUACUACCUCCGUCGGACCAGAUCCUUGGAAUGGAGAAGUUUAUCAUACUCCCAAUAGAUAUCGUUUUUGGUUGCGUUUUGUCGUCUUGAUCACAAGUAUUGGUCAUUUAGGUUUCGCAGCAGGUGCACAACCUGUA